UGCGUAGGGGCUGGGCAGAUGAAUGCGGAAGCACCGUUAGCAUCGUUAGCCUCAUUAGCUUCGUCAGCUGCAGACCGAUGCUAACACCGCCUUAAACGCUGCGGGAACCAGACGAGUGUUCUUGGCCUGUGGAGUUUUUCUUCGUACGCAAUUUGCGAGAUGAGGGCCCUGACUUUGCAGCCGGUAAACGUUGCUCCAGGGGAGCAGCGGCAGCAGCAGGCAACAUGUGGGAGGAGUUUGUGCUCCAACUAUGCUCCUCUGAGUCUGGAGAAUAAGAUCUUAGCUCAGACCUCUCUUCAGAUGUCCAAGCCCUCCUCCUGCGCCUCUCUCCAGCCCUCCAGUCUCUCCUGCACGUCAUCCUCCCUCCUCUCCUGCUCUUCCCUCUUGCCCUCCAUCACCUCUUCCCUCCUCAGCACCGAGAACAGGCUCCUAACUAGUGAUUCACCUCGUUUCUCCUUUUCUUUGACCUCCUCCAUCCCUGCUGACUCUCUGCUGCCCACGUCCCUGCCCAGCGGUGCUCUGCUCAACCGCUUGGCUCAGCCUCCAUCAUUCCUGCAUGCCGGUCCUGGGGAGCAACAGAAGAGUGAUGUCGGAGGAGACGUUGGCAGAGAGGAAAUAUCGGAAGAGAUGCAGGCCAGUUUUGACGGAAUAAGUGUGGAGUCUGAAGAAGAUGAUGGUCGUUCUGAAGAGGAGGAGGAGGAGGAUUAUGUUUGCUCCACUCUUGAAUUACCUUCCCUGGAAACAGACUCGGUCAGCAAGGAAACCGAACCUGCUGCCAUCACACAGGAGGAGUUUCCUGUGUUUGAUAGAGGAAAUGAAAAAUUUGAGGAGGAGCUGAAGGACAAAAAGUAUCUCCUGCUGAAUGCAGUGUGCUGCUCCCUGGUCAGUAAGAACACACCUCCAGGUCAGGACACCUGGGACGCAGAGGACAGUGUUUGGACCAACAUCACAAACCUGGCAAAGGACAUUAGUGUCCACGACCCAGAGUUUCUUCUGAAGGUGGCAGUUUAUGCUCGACAGGAGCUGAACAUUCGCAUCACAGCAAACUUCCUAUUGGCUCUGGCGGCCAAUCAGCCCUCCACCAAGCCUCAUGUCCGCAGGUACUUCUGUGCCGCAGUGCAGCUGCCCUCUGAUUGGCUGGAAAUCGUCCGGAUCUAUAGCACAUGCUUCAGCCACUCCCUGCCGAUGUGUCUGAAGAAAGCCAUGGCUGACAAGUUCAAGCAGUUCAGCGAGUAUCAACUGGCGAAGUACAACACACGCAAGCACCGCUGCAAACGCAGCCCCAAGAGUCGCAAAGGAAAGAAACCCACUGAGGCGCAGCUGAAACAGUGGGCAGACACGCUCAGAUCAGAGCCAUCUAUUCUGAAGAAGUUUCUGACGACAGACAAGAAGGUGGUGGAUAAAAAGCAGAGUGAGUUCACGAUGAAGAAGAUGAUAAAGAGGCUUCACAUCAAAGGGCCGGCCAAACACAUCAUGGCCAUUCUGGGAAAAAAGUAUCCUGCUGACCUGAAGGCCUUCAACCACAGUGGAAUGGAGGGUGUGUGGGAGAGGGAGCGAGCCGGGCAGCGCAUGAAGCUCAAAGAGCCGGAGACUUGGGAACGACUGGUCAGUGCAGAGGGCAACAAGGCCGCCACCUGGGAGAAACUCUUAGAUAACAAUUCUCUUCCGUUCAUGGCCAUGUUGAGGAACCUGAGGAACAUGAUCACUCAGAGCAUCAGCGAGGCUCAUCACAAGAAGGUCCUCAGCAGACUGAGCAACAAGAAAGCCGUCAUUCAGAGCCGACAGUUUCCUUUCAGAUUCCUCGCUGCCUACAAAGUCAUCAUGGAGCUUCAGGCUUUGGCCUCCACAGCACAGCAAGCGGUUCCCUCAGCACAGGAGAUCCUGAAGGGAAUCCUGAAGAAGUUUCCCAAGUGCAAGCGUACCAGGCGUCUGGACUGGGAGACGACUAAGAAGAAAAGGGUGAAGAUGACGCUCCGCGUGCCGUUUGUCUAUCAAAAGUACAGACUGAAGAAAGCCCAGCUUCUCAAGGCCAACCAGAGGCAGUUCACUGUUGCUCUGCUGCAGCGUUACUGCAAAGCUCUGGAGACGGCGGUUCAGAUCUCCUGCCGUUACAACGUGCCACCGCUCCCAGGUCGGACCGCUGUCAUCCUCUUCACCGACCUGCCAACUACACGGAACUGGGACCAGAAACAGGACUUCUGCCUCCCACCAGCAUCUGAGGAAAAAGGCAAAGAGGAGGACGACAAGGAGGACGACGACGACGACGAGGAGUGGGAAGACGCCGAUGAGGAGGAUGAGGAGGACGAGGAGGAGGACGACGAAGAGGAGGACGAGGACAAGGAGGAGGAGGAAGAAGAAGAAGAAGAUGCCUCAAGCCUCAGGAGGAGGAAUAAGAAGAAGGAGGAGAAUGAAGACAAGCUCAGUCCUUCUAUGAUGGAGGCGGCGAUGCUGCUCUCGCUGAUGAUCUGCAGCAGCGCAGAGGACGGCCAGCUCCACUUAGUCGAUAACGGUCACGGCGAAGAAGCAAAGCUCAAGUCUGACGUCCUUUUGGAAAAUGUCAGAAGUGGCAUGGCUCAAUUGAAGUCAUUUGAUAAGGUUCCAUACGAGGAGAGGGCACAAGACUACCUCGACAAAGUAUUUACCAAGACAAACAAGAUUGACAACAUCAUCGUAGUGGUUGAACACUCGCAUAAAGCUGUUAAUCACAUGAUCAACAACUACUCGAAGGACGUGAACAGCCAACCCCUCGUGGUGGAAAUCGUCUUAUCGGGAUACGUGAGACCCUCCACCGCCAGGAACCAUGUUGUGUUGCAGGGCUUCAGUGAGCAAAUACUGAGGUUUGUGGCCGAACGAGGAUCUACCAGGCUGAUGGACCAUGUGGACCAUUUGGACAAACUGUACAACGUCCCACCACCAGAGGGAGCCAAAGACCCUCAGAAUGCAAACAGUGUCGUCUCAAUUCCAGUCAGCCCCAAGUUAAGGUGGCGAGGAGUCCGCGUGUUCAUCUCCUCCACCUUCAGGGACAUGCACGCCGAGCGGGACAUCUUGGUGUGGAGCGUCUUCCCGGAGCUGCGGCGUCGGGCUGCGUCUCACUGCCUCUACCUGCAGGAGGUGGAGCUGCGCUGGGGCGUGACAGAGGAGGAGUCGUGCCGAGCCACCGAGCUGUGCCUGUCGGAGGUGUGUCGCAGCCAGAUGAUGGUGGGAGUGCUGGGGGAGCGCUACGGCCUGGUGCCCCCCAAACCCGUCCUCCCUGACCUGCCACAGCACAGCUGGCUGGCGUCGGCCCCGGAAGGUCUGUCCAUCACAGAGAUGGAGAUACGUCAGUUUCAGGCUCUUUUCCCUGAUUCAGUGAACCAGAGAAUGUUCUGCUACUUCAGAGAUCCCAACAUUACCAAAUCAGUUCCGGCGGCCUGGAGAUCUGACUUUGCUCCCGAAUCAAAAGAGGCGGAGUCCAAGAUGGCCUCUUUGAAAAGCAGCAUCCGAGCCAGUGACAUCAAGGUCACUGAGAAUUACCCGUGUGAGUGGGGGGGUGUUGUGGAAGGAAAACCGUAUCUGAGAAACCUGGAGGACUUUGGUAAAGCUGUGCUCGACGACCUUUGGACGGCUGUGGUGAAGCAGUUUGUGGAAGAGGACGAGGAGGCCGAGGCUGCAUCGGAUGUGAGCGAGCAGGAGGUGCACCAGGAGGCGCUGCAGAGGCAGUUCUUCGGCAGGGCGAAGCUGCUGUCCAGAGCUGUGGAGGUGGUGGAGCAGGUCCAGAGCAAAGGAGGGCUGAUGGUGGUGGACGGAGGACCUGGAGAGGGAAAAACUGUCUUCAUGGCGGCUCUCGCUGACGCCCUCAGGACCAGAGACAAGUCCAAGUCCAACCUGGUCUGUGAUGUCAUCUCCUACUCCACAGCUGCCAGCCAAUCAGCACGCUCGGUCCAGAACCUUCUCCGCUGCCUCGUUCAGUGGUUUAGAAAAAUAAGAAACACCGAGAAGAAAUCUCCUCUUCCUCACUCAUACAAAGAUUUGCUCUCAGAGUUUCACUCCGCGUUGAGCGACGUGAAGCGGAACAAACCUCUGGUGCUGAUGGUAGAUGGGAUGGAUGGCGUCCAAGAUGGCGGAGGUCAGCUCAACUCUAACUGGAUACCCCAGCAGCUUCCACAGGGUGUGUGUUUGAUCGUGAGCAUCACACCUAAAGCGGAUCUCUUACAAACGCUGGUCAAGAGGAGGAGCACUGUCCCGUUCACCCUGGGACAGCUCACCAUGCCGGACAGGAGGGAAAUCAUUCAGAGAGGACUGGAAGCUUUUGGGAAGAAGCUGAGUGACACUGCGUUCAACAACCAGCUCCAGAACCUGAUAAUGAAGAAAGGAGCGAUGAGUCCUCUGUUCCUGCAUCUGGCCUGUGAAGACCUGAGGAACUUUGCCUCCUUCGAUCAGUUGAAGAAGACCCUGCAGGACCUGCCUGAGUCUCUGAGUCAGUUGGUGCAGCACAACCUGAACAGACUCUGCUCGCAGCACAGAGGCAUGCUGGGACUGCGUUGGACCCUGGCGGUCCUCACCGUCAGCCCGACCGGCCUGAGGGAGAGAGACUUGUACUCCGUACUGAACACAUGCAAUCACCUGUCCUCACAGGACAGGCCGGUGUCAUGGCAGGACGUGCUUCAACUGUCCUGGACGCCCAAAGGACGCGUUCCAAUGGCAACUUUCACCAGUUUAGUGCAGAGUUUACGAAGUCUGAUUGGUUCGUCUCAUUGUCACAACACCGACGACUUGCUGUCUCUCACGAACCCGGAGGUGCGGCAGAGCUUUGAGGACUUUCUCCUCCCAGCAGAAAGUGACAGGACCAGAGCUCACCUGGUGCUGGCAGCUCAUCUGUGGACGCUGGCCGACCCCCAGGAAACCAACACCUUCCUCCACUGUGAGGCCAACUCCCUCAUGCACCUGCCCUCCAACCUGAUCGAGAGUGGCCAACUGGAGGCGCUCGGUUCCCUGCUCUCCAGCUACUACUUCCUGUAUGCUUGUGUGCGCCACGGCCUCCUGCACCACCUCCUGGAAACCUACAGCUUAUACGAUAAGAAGGAGAAGUCUGCUCCUUCCUGUAAGUGCCUGCAAAUGGACAGAUUCCUGCCAGACGUGUUUAAGUCCUCAUACAAGUUUCUCUUUAUCCUAACAGCGGGCGUCCUGGACCAUUUGGAGGACUGCUGGAGUUUCCUGCGGCGCCACGCCUCCCUGCUCUCGUCCUGCCCACCUCUGUUCAUCCAGCAGGCCUUCAACGAGCCCCCCGAGACCUCUGCUCACAUCUGGGCCCAAGGCAUGGUGGGAAAAGGAGGCAUCAGGGUGGUCGAGUGUCUGAACAACAAAGAUCAGAUUGAUCAAGACACCAGUGAGCUGGUGUCGAGCUUCUCCUCUGAUCCCACCUGUUUGGAUGUGAGUCCGGAUGGAGAGCUGAUGGUGGUCGGUACCGGUCAGGGAACGCUGCAUUUUAUCAACGCACAGACGGGACAGAAAGUGAAGUCGCUGGUGAGCAGCUGUGACGGCAUCUCCAGCUGCGUCUUUCUGAAGGACGGACAUCUUGCUACGACCUCCUUUGACGGACGAAUAGAGAUCUGGGAAAUCCAGACCGGCUGCAGGACUGCUCUUAUUAAGGGCCACGUGAAUGUGAUAACAGCGAGUGAUAUCUCUGCAGACCACAGGCACCUGGCCACUGUGUCUCUGGACUUCAUGCUGAAAGUGUGGUCCGCCACUCAAUGUCAUGAGGUAGCAGUGCUGACCAGCCCCAGCCCCAUGAACUGUGUGACCUUUGACCCCGAGGCGCGCCUGCUGGCUGCUGGUUGCUGGGAUGGGAAAGUGAUCGUGUGGAACUGGCUUCAGAAUGAAACUCAAACUUCCCUGUGUGGUCACCAGCGCUCCGUGCGAAGCGUCUCCUUCUCCUCCUCCUCCUCCAUGCUCUGCUCUGGCUCGAUAUCCGGAGAGGUCAGGGUGUGGUCGGUGCCCACCUCCACCUGUGUGGGAUGUUUCCAGGCUCACCACGGAGCCACAGAGGUCCUCACCUUCCUGGAUGAAGGAGCCAUGCUGCUGACCGGCGGCUCCGAUCACAUGCUCCAGCUCUGGUCAGGAGGACUCGGACGUUCUGUCGCUGCACUAAAAAGUGAUAAUUGUGACCUGGAGCCUCCUCAGAAGAAACUCAAGACCGUGAACUCAGUUUCCGCGGCGCUGUGUGUGGCUGUGAAUGGAGACUACGCUGCUGUGGGCUACCAUGGGGAAGGCAUCAAACUCUUCAGUCUGGACUCAGGUAAGAUGAUUUGGUCGUCCAGGGACCUUGACGUGUCCAUCCUGUGCCUGCUGUGGGUCGCUCUGGACGCAGAGCAGACCAAAGCCGAGCUGCUGGUGUCCGGAGGGAGCGACAAACAUCUGAGAGUCUGGAGGAGAGAAGAGGGAGAGGAGGGGACGUUCAGGAGCCUGGGAAUAGUGGGAACGUUGGGUGUGCAACCAGGUGACAUCCUGGCACUGGCUCAGAACUCUACUUACCUGGCGACAGCUUCAGAUAACUUCACCAUUGCUUUGUGGCUGUUGAGCGAUUUGUCCGUUGGCUCCCAUGUGGAGCCUCAUGUGUUGCUGAGGGGCCACAGAGGAGGAGUCACCUGUUUGGCCUUCAGCCCCGACGGUGGACAGCUACUCUCCGGUGGAAAAGAUACGGCUCUGAUGGUUUGGGACAUGAACCCGUCACCUCCUGUUCUUUCUAAGUCCCUCCCUCACUCUCACAGAGACUGGAUCACAGGCUGCGUUUGGACCCCAGACUGUGUGAUCAGCUCGUCUAACGAUGGCAGACUGUGUUUGUGGGAUCUGAAGACGGGCAAACAACUCAGAGAAAUCUCCUGGAGUAGUGCUCUGACCUCUGUCUGCUGUCUGGGACAGUACGUGAUCGCCGGCUGUGCAGAGGGAGCUCUUCAUGUGUGGAGCUGGGAAACCAACGUAGAAAUCGGCCACAUCUCUGCUCACAAGCAGCGAAUACACCACUGCUCCCUCCUCACUGACACAGACAAGAACAAAGAAGUCAACCCAGAGGAAAUGACUGUUCUCACUGCAUCUGAUGACGGCACAGUGCAGCUCUGGAAACCACUACAGAUGGAACACUUCAACAGCUUCCUGGGUCACAGCGGAACGAUUCACGGAGUCGUCCGCAAGCGAGGAGUCCCAGAGUUCCUCACUGUGUCUGAAGACUGCUCACUGCGAAGCUGGACAUGGACGACAAAGAGUCCUCUCCGACACUCGGACCCCAUCACAGCUCUGUGCUUCUCUCAGAGCGCCGACUUGUGUCUCGCUGGUUAUACAUCCGGUUUGCUGGAGAUGUGGCAGCACAACGCUGUGGUUUGCCGCAAGCAGGCUUCAGACAGCAGCGUCACAGCAAUCUGCUCCUUGUCUGACGGCCAGUUUGCUGUGGGCAGCUUGAAAAAGGUUGUGGAUGUGUGGAAGCUUGUGUGGAAUCAACAGCACGACAGUGGAAGUCUGGUAAAGGUGACCACGUACACAGUGCCGUAUCCUCUGGUCAGCCUCUUCUUCUGCUCGUCCCUGAUCGGUGUGUCCAGCAGCGGAUUCAUAUUUGACAUCACUAACAACAGGGCGGAUAUAUGGAGCUGGUUCAACAGAGUCCGGUUCCUUGGUGUAAACCGUAACAGCGAGAUGAGCGUGUGGCUGGCGGGCGAAGAGAAAGGAGAAGUUCGCAUCGGCUUCAUCUUUUCCAUGGGCCCCAAAACUGAACUCAGCUCAGCUUUCAACUCGAUGAAGUCAAGGCUUGAGCAGCAGCAGGAGGAGGAUAUGGAGAGGAAGGAGAAGAGGGCAAGCCCAAGCGCAGUAUCAGCUGUAACAAUGGACAGAGAGUUCAUUGUGUGUGGAGACAUGAGUGGAAACAUGUGGUUCAACCAGACUUCAGAGGUUUCAAUAUGGACCAGCAGGAAACCUGCUCACGAUGACAGGAUCAGUGUGCUGAGACUCACUGAAAGCACCAUCAUCUCUGCCUCCUACGACAAGACGGUGAAGCUGUGGGACAGAACCACUGAGAAACAGGUGGGCAUGUUUGUGUGUGGAGGUCCGGUCCUGGCUUUGGAGGUGAAUCCAGAAAAACCAACUGAGCUGGUUUGUGCCGACGGACAAGGAAAGCUCUACUUUCUCUCCUGGAAGGAGUAAUACACGAAAAACACUUAAACGCUACACUUACCAAAGAUUAUAGGAAAUACAUAUACACAGCUGUUUUUGUUUUGUUUGUUCCAAUAUGGUAACGUGCAAUUAAAGGUAAUGAAAAUAAGGGGAAAUCUAUGUUUCAGUUGUAAAGCUCUAAUUAUAUAAUGUUUACAUGUGCCUUUGAUUAAGAUGAAGAAAACUUGCAAUUAUAAGAUGCAAGUAUAAAAUAUAUCAAGCUCUAAAAAUAUAUUCUUAUUGUUUUAUUGGAGCUAAACGUAUUUAUGCUUAUUUUGGAAAAUGUAAUUGAAUGAAUAGAAGAAUGUGGGAUAUCAAUCUUUCGAGGUGCAAUGGGUUUAUGACCAUGAAUGAUAUUUUCUUUGACAAUAAAGUAUUUGCACUGUG